CUGCAGCGGCGGCGGCAGUAGCGGCAGCGGCGACGGCGGCGGCGGCAGCGCUCCAACUUGCUCCUCGCUUCGGACUCCGCCGUCCAGCGGGAGAGAGAGCCUCCGCCAGCGGCCAGCCACCCGGCCGGACGACGCCAGCGACCCGGGCCCCUCGGCGGCACCGCGUUCACCCAGGGGCGGCACAGGCACCCAGAGCCGAACUCCAAGAUGGGAGGCAAGCUGAGCAAGAAGAAGAAGGGGUACAAUGUGAAUGAUGAGAAGGCCAAGGACAAAGACAAGAAGGCCGAAGGAGCGGGGACGGAAGAGGAGGGGACCCCGAAGGAGAAUGAGACCCAGGCGGCUGGGGAGACCCCCGGAGUGAAGGAGGGCAAGGAGGAGAAGGCGGAGAAGGAUGCCCAGGAUGCUGCCAACAAGCCUGAAGACAAGGAAGGCGAGAAAGACACAGACGCGGCCAAGGCGGAUGCUCCGAAGGCAGAGCCUGAGCAGACGGAGGGAGCAGCCGAGGGGAAGCCGGAGCCCCCGAAGGAUGCGGAGCAGGCGGCCACCUCGGGCCCCGCCGCAGGCGAUGCCCCCAAGGCUCCCGAGGCCGAGGCCCCUGCGGAACCCGCGACCGCCACCAAGGUGGAUGACAAGAGCCAGGAGGGAGGGGAACCCACAAAGACUGAGGCUCCCGCGGCUCCUGCCUCGCAGGAAACGAAAAGUGACGGGGCCCCAGCUUCAGACUCAAAACCCAGCAGCACUGAGGCUGCCCCAUCGUCCAAGGAGACCCCAGCAGCCACGGAAGCACCCAGCUCCACGCCCAAGGCCCAGGCCCCCGCAGCUCCCGCAGCCCCCGCAGACGAGGUCAAACCUGCCGAGGCCCCGGCCAUGAAUUCCGAUCAAACCGUGGCGGUGAAAGAGUAACAAGGACAGCCUAUGGGAAAAGAGAUCACAGCUUAAACAACCUGUUUCUCUCUCUCUCUGUCUGUCUCUCUGUCUCUCUCCUAUACUAACUUGUUUCAAAUUGGAAGUAAUGAUAUGUAUUGCCCAAGAAAAAAAAAAAAAAAAAAGGAAAGAAAAGAAAUGAAAAAGAUGUCCCAUCAAAGGAGGGAGGGGGGAUGGGGAGAAUCCAAAUAGUAUUUUUGUGGGGAAAUAUCUAAUAUACCUUCAGUCAACUUUACCAAUCAGUCCUGGAGUUUAGAGGUCAGUGUCUGAAAGUACUCCGCCACUAAGAUGGGUACCGUCUUCUGCAAGGGGAGUAGGGAGUGUUGAGUUUGAUUCUGCCCACAGGGCCCUUCCAAGGCAAUCAGAUCUUUAUGAAAGCAGUAUUUUCUGUGUUUCCUUUUUUAAUUUGCAGCCUUUCUUCUUUUGAUAUUUUUAAAAUGUUUGUGGAUGAAUGCCAACUUUCAGACAGCCCACUGAGCCUGUCCACAUGUAUCUCCAUGCCAAGACUCCAUUCCUCCUCCCCAGGUAUUUUUGGGAGUAACACACAUUCUCUCAUCCAACUUAGCCUCCCUAGAUUUCUCAUGACGAGUUAAUGCAUGUCCGUGGUUGGGUGCACCUGUAGUUCUGUUUAUUGGUCAGUGGAAAUGAAAAAAAUAAAAUAAAAACGUCUGCGUUCAUUGCAGUUCCAGUUCCUCCUCCAUCCUGUGUCACAGACACCAACACACCACUCAUUGGAAAAUGGGAAAAAAUUAAAAAAAUAACAAAAAAAUGUACAAUGGAUGCAUUGAAAUUAUAUGUAAUUGUAUAAAUGGUGCAACAGUAAUAAAGUUAAACAAUUAAAAAGAA